GAAAGGGCGGAGGCUCUCCACAAACUCUACCCUGAAAUCUAUAAAGAUCCGAAUCACAAACCUGAAAUGCCGAUAGCAUUGACGCCCUUCGAGGCCCUGUGCGGCUUCCGUCCAUUCUCCGAGAUCCAGAAUUUCUUGAAAACAAUCCCUGAGCUUUCCACAGUGAUCGGGGAAGAGACAACGAAGAAUUUAAUCGAGUCUGACGAGGCAAACUCGAAGGCUCAUCUACAAAAGUGCCUGAAUGGACUGCUCACUCAUCCACCUGACUCCACUGCCGAGAAGUUGAAGAGUUUUCUUGAUAGAUUAUCACAGAUGGACGAAUCUGGUAGAGAUGCACUGAAUGCCAGAGUUAUUGAGAAACUGUACGGAGAUUUUCCAGGAGACGUUGGCUGUUUUGGACUUUAUUUCUUCAACUACGUCAUUCUUCAACCUGGGGAGGCACUUUAUCUCGGUGCUAAUGAACCCCAUGCCUAUAUAUCCGGUGACUGCAUGGAGAUCAUGUCUUGUUCGGAUAACGUAGUCAGAGCUGGAUUGACUCCAAAAUUGAAGGAUGUCCCCACAUUGAUCGAGAUGUUGACUUACAAUUGUGAGCCCGCCGAAUCAAAAAAGUACAAAGCAAUCAAAGAGGACGAUUUCACGGAAGUUUUCAGACCGCCAAUUAAAGAUUUCGCUGUCGCGAAGAUCGAACUCCCUCCUGGCACCCCAUCAUACCAACUGCCUCCACGAACUUCAGCUGGAAUAUUAAUAAUAAUCGAAGGCUCAGUGGAAUUGAACUCUCAAGUCUACGCCUCAGGCUCUGUCCUAUUCAUCAAAGCAAAUGAUCAAUUGAACUUGAAUAUUCUGACGAAGGGCGGUAGCACUCUCAUGUUCGAGGGCUUCGCCAACGUUUGACGAAGUCAGAAACAAAACAUUCAGU